UGACUAUAUAAUAUGAAAUGAAUUCCUUUUGAAAUCCGAUGAGGAUUGACUGACUAUUUGAUGCAUGAUGACUUUUCUUGUCCUUUCUUCUGGACAUCACUUGUCUCAUUGUUUAGUUGGUUCUCUCUGAAUUAUUUUUCGUCUGAUUAUGUUACUUAGCACUUGGGAGUAAUUUCAUUUCAACUGUUUUCUCCUCUCCACUUUAUUGUUAAUUGUAUUUAAAUCUCAUUAUUUCUCAGGAUAAUGAUAAGCUGUAUAUCUUCCUCGAGCUUGUAACAAAAGGAUCAUUGGCAAGUCUCUAUCAAAAGUAUCGUUUAAGGGACUCUCAGGUUUCUGCAUACACAAGGCAGAUUUUGAGUGGUUUGAAGUAUCUUCAUGAUCGGAAUGUGGUUCACAGGGACCUCAAGUGUGCUAAUAUAUUAGUUGAUGCGAAUGGAUCCGUCAAGCUUGCAGAUUUUGGAUUGGCAAAGGCAACCAAGUUGAAUGAUGUUAAAUCAAGUAAAGGCUCCCCGUACUGGAUGGCCCCUGAGGUUUUUGACUGGAGGAACCCUGGAUAUGGACCAGAAUCUGAUAUAUGGAGCUUAGGAUGCACAGUUUUAGAGAUGAUGACAGGGCAACUUCCUUACUCUCAUUUGGAAGCAAUGCUUGCGCUAUUUAGGAUUGGCAGGGGUCAAACUCCAACUGUUCCAGAAUCUUUAUCUCUAAAUGCCCGAGAUUUCAUUCUUAAAUGCUUACAAGUUGAUCCAAUCAAUCGGCCAACUGCUGCUAAGUUAUUGGACCAUGCAUUUGUAAAUCCCAAUAUUAUACAGGAAAAGUUCAGUAGUUUUGCAGAUGUAUACCAGAGUUAGAGUAACGAUUGGUAGUUGAUACUUGAUAUAGUUUAGCCAAAGAAAGGGAAAGUAGGUACUAACAAACGAUGCAGUCUUUAUUGGUUUGGUUUUUUGGGCUAUCUCUUCAUCUAGACCAACGGUGAACUUUCAUGUUUUUGUUAAAAAGUAAUGUUUAUUAAUUGUGUAGUGUGUCCCAACGCACAUUAUUAAAUAUUGUUAAUUUUGUUUAACAAUAAGUAAAUUAUUACUGCCUAUCUUCC